ACAAAAAAUUCAGUUGUCUACUGACCGCCACUAUAAUUGUGGAAAAUGAGAAAACAUUGAUGGUGGACAUGGGAAGUAAGCUAUGUUGUUGUGUGAAAUCGGACGACAGUGACGACACUGCCGAAACCGGCAUCCCAUUGCAAGAUAUCGAUGACUAUGAACCGUACAAUUUCAACAGAAACGUUCAUCGAAGUCAACAGCACAUACGUGGAGAUGUUAUCGAUUUCCAUCGUUCGUCGAAUUAAAUUUUAAAAAUUGAGCCAACCGCAUGAAUGUGUAGUGUUAAAUAAGUUGUGAAAGAAAAAGUGUCUCGACUAUUUCGAACGUAAAUCAUCGAAACAUUUCGUUUAAUUUUGUGGUGACGAUGACAGAUGAAAAUCGUAAAAAUUGUGAAGUUGAAAAUAUUGGAAAAAAUGAAAUAAUUUUUCCUGAUUGUGAUGGCUCAGCUGGACAAACGGCAAAUCACUUUUGGGUAUUCGGCUAUGGAUCUUUGGUGUGGAAGGUGGAUUUUCCGAUAGAAUGCAGUCGUGCCGGGUAUAUUAAAGGUUUUCAAAGGCGAUUCUACCAAAACAGUAUCGAUCAUAGAGGAACUAAAGAUAAGCCUGGACGUGUGGUCACAUUAAUACCUGCAAACGAUACCGAAUCUAGAGUGUUCGGAAUGGCAUACAAAAUUCCAGCCGACAAAACAAAACAAGUGCUAGACCAUCUGGAUUUCCGCGAAAAGAACGGCUACGAAAGACAUUUCGUUCAGUUUUUCCCAUUGAAUGAAAAUGAAUUCGGUGAUGCACCCACUAGUCCAAUUGUAAUUUAUGUGGCUACAGAUGACAAUGAAUCGUUUGCUGGUUCGGUUGGUGGAUUGACUGCAAUAGUCGAUCAAAUAUCCGACGCUGUUGGACCUAGCGGAACGAAUCGGGAAUAUGUUUAUCAGUUGGCUGAUGCAAUGCGACGUCAUUUUCCCGAUCAGAAUGACGAACACCUUUUUGGUAUUGAAAAGUUACUUAGGGAGAAAGAGACGAAUUCCACAUUUUGAUGAAAUAAAUGUUUUUAGUUCAAUUGAAA